UUUUCUGUGGUCAUUUUGCCAGCAGUCUGCUGCGAGAGUUUUUCGAUAAACAAGUCAAAAGUUUCCAUACUUGGUGGAGACAUUUUACCAAAUUCUAUUAUUUUCACCAAUUUUUAAUUGCAAAGGCAGUGCCGUUUCAAUUUGACAUUGCAAAUCAGCAAGUGGUUCAGGUGUAACGAUAAAUAAAAAUGUUAGUAAACGAGGCUCGUUUAGUGUUAACCCGCUCUGGGGCUUUGGCCGCACGUCACCAGUUGCGUACCCUUACCUCGGGCAGCCAACAAAAUAAUCAACAGGCCGCCGCUAAGGAAGCUCCUGAACCACAAAUUAAAAAUUUCCAAAUCUAUCGCUGGAAUCCCGAUAAUGCUGGCGAAAAACCCUACAUGCAGACCUAUCAAGUGAAUUUGCGCGAAUGCGGUCCCAUGGUAUUGGAUGCCUUGAUCAAGAUCAAGAACGAAAUGGAUCCUACACUGACUUUCCGUCGUUCUUGCCGUGAAGGUAUUUGUGGUUCCUGUGCCAUGAAUAUUGCUGGUACCAAUACAUUAGCCUGCAUUAGCAAAAUCGAUACCAACACCUCCAAACCAUUGAAGGUCUAUCCAUUGCCUCACAUGUAUGUGGUGCGUGACUUGGUACCUGACAUGAACCAUUUCUAUGAACAGUAUAGAUCAAUUCAACCCUGGUUGCAACGCAAAAAUGAAGCUGGCGAGAAGAAGGGCAAAGCUCAAUAUUUGCAAUCCGUAGAGGAUCGUUCGAAAUUGGACGGUUUGUAUGAGUGUAUCUUGUGCGCCUGCUGUUCCACUUCAUGCCCAUCAUACUGGUGGAAUGCUGAAAAAUACUUGGGCCCCGCUGUUCUCAUGCAGGCCUACCGUUGGAUCAUCGAUUCCCGUGAUGAAAGCACCCACGAACGUUUGGACAAACUUAAGGAUCCUUUCAGUGUUUACCGUUGUCACACCAUCAUGAAUUGCACACGCACUUGCCCCAAGGGUUUGAAUCCCGGUCGUGCUAUUGCGGAAAUCAAGAAACUGUUAUCUGGUAUGGCUAAGAAGCCAGAACCUAAAUUGGAUACUGCGGCUUUGCAUAAGUAAACAAAGCUAUGAAUUGGGACUAGAACAUAGUGUCUACUUCAAUAUUAUUUCGCUUUAGAAAUCCCAGUUUCCAAAAAUAUUCUCUUUGUACUUAGAAAGUGUUUCCCUCUAUAAUUUAUUGAAAAUCUAAUUUCUAACAUGCUAAUAUCCUUUUUCAUUGAAUAAGGAGCAUUCUAGUUUCUUUGACUUUAACUUUGGAUUGCUGUAGUGUUUAAAUUGAUUUUUAUUCGAUUUUCUAUAAACCUUUAUGCAGUUGGUGUGGUGCCCCAAUCCUUCUUAGGAGCUGUAGUUUCCUAAUUAAAAUGUUCUAUAAACAUUUUAUGAUUUCAUAUUUAAUUUGUUAUUAGUUAUCGAUUUUAUGACAUUGACACAUACAUACACACAAUUAAGUAUGUAUUACUAAAGUAAAUCAGCAGUUAAGUGCAAAGGUUUGCAAUAAUUUGUAAAAAUAUUUCGUAUUAUAAAAACUACAGUAUGAAGAAUCAAAAAGAAAUUAAUAAAUGCAUAUACGAAAAAAGA